AUGAGUGAUCCUAACGUUGGAUUCACUGAGUCGCGAGCCUGUCAUAGGUUUUGUGUUCGCCACAUAGCGUCUAACUUGAGGACACACGUGCGAAGCAACGAGAUGAGAGAUGCGUUCAAGGGUGCGGCUUACCAAAGGCAAGAAAGAAAACUCCACACUGAUUUGUGUUUCAUCGGUCAGGAGUGUCCCAAGGCCAUGGAGUACAUUGUUCAAGUCCCUUUCAGUGCCUGGUCUCUCUUUCACGAUGCAGGUCGCCGAUUUGGGAUAUGUACUACUAACUUCUCUGAAACUUUUAACAAUGUGCUUAAAGGAGCCCGGUUUCUACCGAUCAUGUCUCUUGUCGAGUUAACUUUCUACAGGGUUAACAAGUACUUCACGCUUAGAAGGGAGUCUUCUGAGACGAGGUAUGAACUAGGACUUCCAUACCCCCCCAAGGUCAUUGCCAUUCUUGAGAAGAACACUGCAACUGCAAGAUAUCACAGGGUCGAAGCAUAUAAUCGCCGAUUGCAUAUUUACCAGGUCACAACUGAAAAGGGGGAGCGAUUUGGUUGCAAGGGAGGUCAUAAGCAUACGGUUAACUUUCAACUUCUGACGUGUACGUGCAACAAACCGAAGAUAUUCCAUCUCCCAUGUUCUCACGUUCUAGCCGUUUGUGCGACGUACUCAUUGUCAGAGCGUCCAUGGGUAGACCCUUCGCUUCAAUCAAAGGCCUACACCGACACGUAUGCAGCCCAAUUAUGGCCUAUCCCCUGUGAGACAACUUGGGAGCAGUACGUCGGCCCGAAGAUCAUUGCCGACAGCAGCAUGGUUCGUGGGAGAGGGCGACCGAGGUCAAAACGCAUACGCAACGAAAUGGAUGAGACUAACCGGCCACCCACCAGAUGUAGCAGAUGCCAUCAGCAAGGUCACAACAGGACAACGUGUCCAGCCAGAACGACGUAG